CGUUGCAUACAACGCUAAACUCGAUACCAGACGCUAGACAAAUACGAAAGCAAAGCCAACAAGUAAAACUGAGGAUAUUAUUAACAAACAAAAACUAUAUAAAAUUAAACAAAAAUUGCUGAAUUAAUUUUAAGCGAACACAAAACAAAAUCGUAUUUUAAAUUUUUUUCAUGUCUCUAUAUGCAUGUGCGUUUAUAUGUAUGUGUCACCAUGCAGGGCAAAUAGAAAUUUGAAGUGAGCAGAAAAAAGGAAUUUAAGCAACGUCAACAUAUUGUAGCGGAAGUUUUGCGUAAGAAAACAGAAAAUACCUUGAAGGACAUUUGUGUAUUAUCGAAGCUUUCAACAUUUACUAACAGCCAGUCACUACUCACAAACGCUUAAAUGCCCGUCUUAAGUAACGGUAAGAAUAUGGAUAUUAUUAUCCGUGAGGAGGAUGUGUCUGUGGCGCAGGUGGGCAUUUAUGCUUCCAUAUCCUUUCUGGUGGUCACAGUAUUGGGUGCAUUGUUCUAUGUUUCGUGUUCGAAAAAAUAUCGACUCAAUUGGUUUGAGAAAAAUUUACUUGAAUCGGCAGCGGAGACGCAGGAUACGGAACAGUGCACCGACCCGCUCGUUGCCGGGGCUGCUGGCUACAAUGCCGACAAUGUCAGCGAAUGCUCGCGUUCACGUUCGAUUUGUAAGGGCAACAUGAGUCCCACAUCCAUCAAUACCGAUGACCCCACCUUCUGGGUGCCACCACCACGCAAGACUGUGCAACAACAGGUUUCAACAUCUGCUGAAGAGUCCCCACCGCCAACACCUACCUCACCCACCGGUAGUCUCAAAUCGAACACGCUCUCGAUGUCCUCGACCAGUUCAGUGCCCAUCACACGCUCCGACAAACAUGUGGUUUUGGGUAUGAAUCCAAGCAGGCCGAAAGUCUCCUCGAUGAGCGCAAAAUUGGAUCAUACCAAAAUUGAUAUGACACUUUAUAGGAAUAACUCUCAGCAGAAGGGCUCACCACAGGGUAGUGAUGAUAUUCGCGGCAAUAUACAUUUGAGCGUCGUUUACGAUUCGAUAGCUGGAAUGCUCUCCGUACACUUAAUAGAGGCACAAAAUUUGCAACCACGUGACUUUAGUGGCACAGCCGAUCCAUAUGCUAAGGUGCGUCUGCUUCCUGAGAAGAAGAACUUCUGGCAGACGCGCAUACAUAAGAAAACUCUUAAUCCCAUUUUCGAUGAGGACUUCGUUUUUGAAGAGAGCACUAACUUAAUUGAAAAACGUACUAUUGAAAUUUUACUCUACGACUUCGACGCAUACUCACGUCACGUUUGUAUUGGCGGCGCUCAAAUACCGCUCAACAGCUUAGAUUUGACUGAGAAAGUCGAUUUGUGGACGCCAUUGGGAUCGUGCGCUGAACAAGACUUAAAAGUCGACUUGGGCGAUAUAAUGGUGUCCUUAUCAUUUUUGCCCUCAGCAGAGCGUCUUACAGUUGUAUUGAUAAAAGCGCGUAAUUUACGAAUAAUUGAUGAUUCACGUAAUUCGUCAGAUCCCUACAUAAAAGUAGCUUUACUCACAGGUGGUAAGAAAACUAAGAAGCGCAAAACUGGCGUAGCACGCAAUACUGUAAAUCCAGUAUACAAUGAAGCACUAACUUUUGAUGUCAACAAAGAGACGUUGAAGAAUUGUCUCAUCGAGUUUACUGUCGUGCAUGACGGCCUUUUAGGUUCCAGUGAAAUACUUGGACGCGCUGUUAUUGGCAACUCUACAGAAGUGCGACCCGAUGAACGCAUAUUUUUCGAAGAAAUGUUUCGUUCUAAAAAUUCACUCGCCCAAUGGGUGCCACUACAGGAGACAAGCAACAUGCGUUCCAAUGUAGCCAAUGCACCAACCAGCGCUAACUAAACACGCUUGAUAACAGCCGUUGGGAAUAGUGAAUUUUAUGUUACAGGUAUUUAACUGGAGCUGUUAAUUAUUAACAGCAGUAGCAGAGAAGGUUAACAUUCUUUAGCAGCACUGUUGUACACUUCUGUUGGUAACAUUACUGAGCAGUGGGAGCUGGAUUUAGCAUAAUUAUUUAGUUGAACAUUUUAUAUUAUUUAUAUUUGGUGCAUAUAUAUGUAUAUACAUAUGUAUAUGUAUUUUAGAGAUAAGUUUGCUUUUAAACUAAAAUAGAAAAUAUUUACAAAUAUUUAAAUUGAAUGACAAUUUAAGUACCUAUGUGUAAUGUAAUAUCUUCCACUUCAAGGCAUGGCUUGCAGGGAUAUUUGAAAUUAAAUACAUUUUUUUAUAAGACAGUAAUGAAAGAUUGAUCUUAACAUAAUAUAUGUGUAGUAAUGUAAUAAGAUAUGCACGCUUAAAUAAUUUAUUAUGUGUGCUCAAAUGUUUGCUUUCACGUGCACUUAACAUAUAAAUAUUUAAAUAAUUAUAUACCUGUGUGCUAAAUAUAUAUGUACUGUGUAAUACGUAUGUGUGUGCGUUUAUGGAAAGCACCAAACUGAAAACCAUGUCUAACCAUUACUAAUGUGCAAUUCUCCGCGAUUUUAUGUCCAAGAGUACCUAAGUAUAUACCUUAAAAUUAAUCAAAAACCAAAAACUAUAUACACGUAUAAAUAUAUUUCGAUGUUUCUGGAUAUUUGCGCGUAUCCAUAGUUAACUACCUGUAUUUGUAUUUGUAUUUACUACAUUACUUGUACUGUAAAGAGGCGGAAAGCAUUGAAAUAUUCUUGAGUGUUUAGAAAACCGAAAGAACUUUCAAAAUGAAUCAUAAUAAUAAUAAUUAAGAUAAAAUUAAAUGAAAUUGAAUUUUUAAGAAAUAGAAAAGAGAUUAUUUUUAGACAGCAAAAUCACUACAGAUUUAUAUACAUACACUUAUUUAAUCAAUUAAGUUUUACAAUUUAUCUACACUUGUAGAUACUCAUUUAUUCACGAGCAUACAAUCGGAGAAAAGAGUAUUAAGCAAAUGUUUGGCAACAACAACAACAAUUUUUAUAAUAUUUUUCU